AUGGUGAAGGAGACGCUAAGUUUUGAGGAAGGCUGGGGCAAUAUGCAGAAGGGGAUCACCAAAUUGAAGAGAAUUCUGGAAACGAAAGAAGAUAAUUUCGAUUCAGAGCAAUACAUGAUGCUGUACACAACAAUCUAUAACAUGUGUACUCAGAGGGCUCCGUGUGAUUAUUCACGAAAGCUUUAUGACAAAUACCAAGAGUUUAUUGACGAAUACCUUACAUCUACCGUUCUUCCAAUUCUGAGAAAGAAGCAUGAUGAGUUCUUGUUGAGGGAACUUGUCAUAAGAUGGGAAAACCAUCAACUUAUGAUCAGGUGGCUUCAGCGUUUCUUCAAUUAUCUUGAUCGCUACUUUGUUACUAGGAACUCCCUGCCUAGUCUCAAGGAUGUUGGUCUUACUUGCUUCUUUGAUUUGGUUUAUAAGGAACUACGAACUAAUGUCAGGGAAGUUGUGAUUGCUUUUAUUAACAAAGAGCGUGAGGGAGAUCAGAUUGAUAAAUCAUUAUUGAAAAAUGUUCUUCGUAUAUUUGUUGAGAUGGAUAAGGGUGAAAAAGCACACUAUGAAAAUGACUUUGAGAUCCAAAUGCUUGAGAAUACUGCUGAUUACUACAAAACCAAGGCUGCAAACUGGAUUGAGGUUGACUCCUGUCCAGUUUACAUGCUAAAGGCUGAGGAUUGCUUGAGAAAGGAGAGAGAAAGAGUACCUCAUUAUUUGCACUCUAGCACUGAGCAGAAAUUAGUAGAGCAAGUGGAAAAUGAAUUGCUGAUAACACAUGUAAGUCAACUACUUGAGAAGGAGCAUUCCGGCUGUCAUGUCUUGCUUAGAGAUGAUAAGGUGGAAGAUCUCUCUAGGAUGUUCAGACUUUAUAAUAAAGUACCUCAAGGCUUUGAUCAUGUGACCAGUGUAUUCAAAAAGCAUAUUACAAAUGAAGGUACAAUAUUGGUCCAACAGGCCGAGGAAGCUGCUAGCAAUCAGACUACAAGUGGUUCUGGCAUUCAGGAACAAGUCCUUGUCAGAAAAUUCAUAGAGCUCCAUGACAAGUACAUGAACUAUGUUAAUGAUUGCUUUAUGAAUCACUCACAGUUUCACAAGGCAUUAAAGGAAGCAUUUGAGGUAUUCUGCAAUAAAAAUGUUGCUGGUAAUCCCAGUGCAGAGCUGUUGGCUACAUUCUGUGACAAUAUCCUUAAAAAGGGUGGUGGAAGUGAGAAGCUGACUGCGGAAGCAACUGAACAAACCCUUGAGAUGGUAGUCAAGCUGCUUGCAUAUAUCAGUGAUAAGGAUCUCUUUGCAGAAUUUUACAGGAAGAAGCUUGCCCGCAGAUUACUUUUUGACAGGAGUGCCAAUGUGGACACAGAGAAGACUGUUUUGACUAUGUUAAAGCAGCAAUGUGGUGGCCAGUUCACAUCAAAGAUGGAGGGAAUGAUGAACGACCAUACAAUGGCUCAGGAAAAUCAGAUGAGAUUCCAGAAUUAUCUAGAUUUUGGCAUUAACUCCCAUGAAAAAACUGGAGUUGACAGCCUGACAAUUACAGUUCUUACCACAGGAUUUUGGCCAAGUUAUAAAUCUUCUAAUCUCACUCUCCCUUUAGAGAUGGCCAAGUGUGUGGAAGUUUAUAAGAAUUUUUAUGAAAGGGAUGCAAGAAAGAGAAAACUUACAUGGAUUUAUUCACUGGGAACUUGCAACAUCUCUGGCAAGUUUGAACCAAAAACCAUUGAACUAGUUGUGUCAACCUAUCAGGCUGCUGUUCUGCUGCUAUUCAACACUGCUGAUAGGUUGACCUAUUCAGAGAUCAUGACUCAGCUGAACUUGAAUCAUGAGGACCUUGUUAGAAUACUCCAUUCCCUGUCAUGUGCAAAAUAUAAGUUACUGAUUAAGGAGCCGAACACUAAAACUAUAUCUCAAAACGACAGCUUUGAGUUCAACUCCAAAUUUACAGAUAGAAUGAAAAAGAUAAAGAUCCCUCUGCCGUCGGUUGAUGAAAGAAAGAAAAUAAUUGAUGAUGUUGACAAGGAUAGGCGGUAUGCUAUUGAUGCAGCUAUUAUGCGAAUUAUGAAAAGUAGGAAAGUUUUGGCCCAUCAACAAUUAGUCUUGGAGUGUGUUGAGAUGAUGAGCCGCAUGUUCAAGCCUGACAUCAAAGUAAUCAAGAAGCGGAUUGAGGAUCUUAUCGCCCGGGAGUACCUGGAAAGGGACAAAGACAACGCGAACACCUUCAGGUAUCUGGCGUGAUGAAAGCUACAAAUGUACAGUAGCAAGGAUUGAGGGCUGCAAAUGAGAACUGAGAUUUUCUGAUUUUGAUUUCUAGGAAGGUUUAAAUUGAGAAUUCUUCAGGUUACAGAAUACUGUAAAUGCUGGUAGUUGAUUGUGAGUUGUGACCUUUAAAGAGUUAGCUUCAGUCAUUUUAGUUGGAUAUAUAUAUAUAUAUAUACACACAUACCAUUGACAUUUUAUCAGUGUUUCAGAAACUUCGA